AUGCCCAUCCCUGCCUCCCGGCCCCGCCCCCCUCCUCCUUGCCUGCUGCUGACUCUACUGCUGGGACUCACAGGAGCAGCAGGUGAGGAGCUGCAGGUGCUUCAGCCUGAGAAGUCAGUGUCAGUUGCAGCUGGAGAGACGGCCACUCUGCGCUGCACCCUGACCACCCUCCUCCCUGUGGGGAACGUCAUGUGGUUCAGGGGGACAGGGUCAGGCCGGGAGUUAAUCUACAAUUACAAAGGAGGCCACUUCCCCCGAGUAACAAAUGUUGGAGACACCACAAAGAGAAACAACACGGACUAUUCCAUCCGCAUCAGGAACAUCACCCCAGCAGACACUGGUAUCUACUACUGUGUGAAGUUCCAGAAAGGGAGCCCUGAUGAUGUGGAGAUUAAGUCUGGACCAGGCACCCAGCUCACCGUGAGUGAGCUGUCUACUGUCCCUCUGGUAGUCCUCGUCCUAAGCACAAAGCUGCUGCUGGCCAUUGGUGUCUCUGCCAUCUACGUCCACAGGAAGUGGAGGGCCUGACUGUAAGUUGUGGGGCAGGGAGGGCAGGACAAGGUCUGUCCCAUAAAGGGCAACAUCAGUA